UCUACUCCUCCUCCAGCUAAGGGAUGUGGGUGGGACUAGCUCGAAAAACCUGCUAGGACUAAAGGCCAACCCCUUUUGAAGACGCACUAAACAUUCUGAACCAAUAGCGUCCAGGGGGCGUAUCUGUUAUGUUUCCGAAAUGAGCCGCGUGUCCAAUCAGCAUGCGAGGGCGGGUAUGAUUGCUGUGCUCAUCAAGUUGGGCUGAGAGGUACAAGUGUGGAAAACAAGAGUCAGUAUUGCGUCCCAGUUAAAGCAUUCGAGUACAGGAACACACCCGGAGCGGUCAUCCUCUACUGCAUCACAGCUCAGGUACAACAUGGGUAAAGGAGAUCCUAAUAAGCCUCGGGGCAAGAUGUCCUCCUAUGCCUACUUUGUGCAAACCUGCAGGGAAGAGCACAAGAAGAAGCACCCGGACUCCUCUGUCAACUUCUCAGAGUUCUCCAAGAAGUGCUCAGAGAGGUGGAAGACCAUGUCUGCCAAGGAAAAAGGCAAGUUUGAAGAUAUGGCUAAGGGUGACAAGGUCCGAUAUGAAAGGGAAAUGAAGAACUACAUACCACCAAAAGGAGAGAAGAAGGGAAAGAAGAAGAAGGAUCCUAAUGCACCAAAACGUCCCCCCUCUGCCUUCUUCCUCUUCUGUUCGGAGCAUCGGCCUCAAAUAAAGACUGAAAGUCCCGGUCUGACAAUCGGUGACACAGCAAAGAAACUGGGAGAGAUGUGGGCUGAACAGACACCAAAGGACAAGCAGCCAUAUGAGCAGAAAGCUGCUAAACUAAAGGAGAAAUAUGAGAAGGAUGUUGCUGCAUAUCGGGCAAAAGGCAACAGUGAUGCCGGAAAGAAAGUUCCUGGUAGGCCAGCAGCAUCAAAAAAGAAGCCAGAGCCUGAGGAUGACGACGAUGAGGACGAAGAAGAUGAAGACGAAGAUGAGGAGGAAGACGAUGAAGAUGAUGAGUGAAUGCUUUUGGCCGCUGUAUAAAUUGUGUUUGAAGCUUUUUGUUUUUUGCUAAGAAUGUGAACUCAAGUGCAGCUCAUUUUGUUAGCUUGGUUAUAAAAACUGUACAGAAUUGUGUAUAGGUAAUGUGAUUCUUUAGGGAAAACCUAUAUUUUAAUAUAAGGAGUAGCUGGAGGGCUGUUAGAGUUUAAAGCUUCUUAUGUGGGAUGUUUCUGCAUAUGUAAUGGAUUCUAAGGGUAGCCCAAUGUUAGUUAUGAGACCCUAUAUACUUCAGUCCUGUAGACCUGGUGCAUUGUACUUUUUUCUAACUUUUUUAGCAACUUUUUUUGUAAUAAAAUUAUAUAUAAUAAUC